UAUGUGACAGUUUGGGCUGACCUUGUACGUGGUGCCAAGGACAAAAGGCUGAGAGUCAAGGGACCAGUCAGAAUGCCUACCGAGGUUCUUAAAAUCACCACUAGGAAGUCUCCUUGCGGUGAAGGUACAAACACAUUCGAUAGGUUUGAGCUGCAUGUGCACAAGCGAGUCAUCGAUCUUUUCAGCUCACCCGAUGUUGUGAAGCAGAUUACUUCGAUCACCAUUGAACCUGGUGUCGAAGUCAAAGUCGAAGUCACCAUUGCUGACUCCUAG